AGGGGACCCAUUGGAUUACAGAGCUAUAGUUAUUCGAGAGUUGUAGUUUGAAAAAUAUACUGAGAUACUUACGAAGAUGGCCGCCAAACAGUACUUUGUCGUGUUGCUGAUUGUCGCCCUGAUGACUCUUGGUGCCAGCACUGCUGACGAUGGGUGUCCCGAGAAUGCUCAUUGGACUGAGGACCCCUGCGCGAAGACCUGCGACGACCCAUACUUGACUAACACCGUUUGCAUCGCCGCCCUCAUUCCAACUUGCCACUGUAACAGCGGCUUAGUCUUCAACGCGGAGAGAAAAUGUGUACCCAUUUCGGAUUGUUAAACGAUGUCAUAACGAUUUAUAGCCUUAUUCGUGAUUUUAUUAAAUACUAGAUGAUUUUUGAUAACGCCAUCUUGUUGUGCCUUUAAAGCAGUUAGUUGCUCUCAAUUAAGAAAAAUAGUAUUAUUAUUAU